AUGGAGAGUCCACCGUCCACAAACGACCGUCUCUCGAGGCCUACAACGAGCAAUGUCCUUGAAACACAGGAACAGCACUUUUUGGGCGCCAGUUUGAUCCUGACCAACGAAGAGAAGAUUGUAAAUAGCCACAUCAUGAAACUGAAGAGGUUCGAGCUGGAAGAAGGAUUCAAGAAUGAUUUUGAUUUAAUUCCGGCGCGACAUUUCUUCGAAAAGUUGGAGCAACUGAACAGCUCGAAGCUUUUCCAAUUAAUUCGACGAAUUCCGAAAGGGGCGGUGUUGCAUAUCCACGACUCUUCAAUGGGGAGUACAGAUUUGCUGAUUAACGCUACGUAUAGACCUUAUCUAUGGCAAAAUGGUAGAUUCGAGCAGAACACACCACCGACCUUCUUAUUCUCGAAAACUAACCCAACCGGAAUGGGUUGGGAACUUGUGUCUGAUAUUCGCAAUGAAAUGAAAGCGGAUAUUUACGAUGAGAAAUUGAGAGAUUUGUUUGAAAUAUACACCAAGGAUCCAAUCAAUACCUAUAGAAGUACCAAUGUCGUGUUUGAGAAGUUUCGACAGAUAUUCUACACCCUAGCACCAAUUAUUAAUUAUAAACCAGUAUGGAGACAGUAUUACUAUGAUUCAUUGAAAGUAUAUUACGACGACCAGAUUAAUUACUUGGAAUUAAGAGGAGUUCUGCCAGAUGUCUAUGAUCUUACCGGGAAAAUUUACACGCCAGAGGAAAUUGUUCAAAUUUAUUUGAACGAGACCGAAAGAUUAAUGAAAAACUAUCCAAGUUUCCUCGGAGCUAAAUUUGUGUAUACUCCCGCGCGUUUCGGAGGUGACGAUGUUUUCCGUGGUGUCAUCAACACUUUUAAGAGUUUGCACGAGAAGUUUCCAAAUUUUGUGGCUGGAUUCGAUUUGGUAGGUCAGGAGGAUAAAAGAAUUCUAUUGUUGAACUUCGUUCCUGAUCUUCUGAAGUUACCAGAGUCUAUUCAAUUCUUUUUCCACGCGGGAGAGACAAACUGGUUCGGAAUGGAAUCCGAUUCGAAUAUGAUCGAUGCAAUCCUCCUAGGGACCAAACGUAUCGGCCAUGGUUUCGCACUGAUCAAGCAUCCCCUUCUACUAGAGGAAAUCAAACAGAAACAGAUAUGCAUUGAAAUUAACCCCACAUCGAACCAAAUGUUCAAAUUGAUGGAAGACCACAGAAAUCACCCGGCAGCGUUCCUAUUCGCCGAUGACUAUCCCGUGGUUGUAUCCUCUGACGAUCGAUGUUUCUGGCGAGCAGCUCUACUAAGCCAUGAUUUUUAUAUGGCCUUCGUAGGAAUCGCUUCAGCUCAGCAUGAUCUGCGAUUGCUGAAGCAGCUGGCAAUCAAUUCGAUUCGGUUCAGCGCUAUGGACAAGAUUGACCAAAAUAAGGCUCUGCGUAAAUGGGAAGGCAUGUGGAAUUCGACGAUGAGUACACUCGCGUCAGAUAUAUUGAGUGGGAAACUGGCCUAG